CAGGCGUUGUAUCCGGGUCCAGAUGAAGGCUGGCAGGUGUACAGCUCGGCAUCGGACCCUGAUGGGAAGUGUGUGUGUACAGUGGUUGCUCCCGCUCAGAACCUCUGCAAACGAGACCCCCGCAGCCGUCAGCUACGCCUACUCACAGAACAGGUGCAGAACGUGAGUCAGUCUAUGGAGGUGAUGGAUCUGAGUACGUCUAGAGACCUGCAGUACGUCAGGGAUACUGAACCACUACUGAGAGGAGUAGACGGACACAUACACACCUACACCACCAACCCACGCAGACUCACUAAGAAGGGCCUGCAGGAGUUGAAGGGUCAGAUGUCUCAGCUGCGCCCCCUGUUGUCGGUGAUUGACCAGUACAGGUUAGACCUCCAGACCCUGGCCGUGCUCCGAGCGGAGGUCCUUAACCUGUCGAUCAUCCUGACAGCCAUUCAGGAGGAGGUGGGGGCCUACGACUAUGAAGAACUACAACAGAGAGUGCUACUGCUGGAGACGAGGCUGCACGCCUGUAUGAACAAACUGGGCUGUGGGCGAUUAACAGGGUUGAGCAUCCCUAUCACUGUUAGAGCGUCGGGCUCCCGCUUCGGAUGCUGGAUGACCGACGCCAUGAUACCCAGCUCCGACAGCAGGGUGUGGUCUAUGGAUGGUUACUAUAAAGGGAGGCGUGUAUUAGAGUACAGGACCAUGGGAGACUUCACUAGAGGACAGAAUUUUGUUCAGCACCUCUUACCUCACCCCUGGGCCGGGACAGGUCAUGUGGUCUACAACGGAUCACUGUACUACAACAAACACCAGAGCAACAUACUGGUGCAGUACCACUUCCGAUCCCGUAACGUGGUGCUCCAGAGGAGUCUGAGUGGAGCAGGUUACAACAACACCUUCCCCUACAGCUGGGGGGGGUCUUCUGACAUAGACCUGAUGGCUGAUGAGACCGGCUUCUGGGCAGUCUACACCUCCAUACCUAACGCUGGGAACAUACUGGUCAGUCGGUUGGAUCCUCGUUCCCUCGACAUUCUCCAGAGUUGGGACACAGGGUUUCCUAAACGCAGUGCAGGGGAGACCUUCAUGAUCUGUGGUACCCUGUACGUCACCAACUCCCAUCUGGCCGGAGCUAAGGUCCACUUUGCUUACCACACCAACUCCUCCAGCUAUGAGUACACAGACAUCCCCUUCCACAACCAGUACUCUCACAUCUCCAUGAUGGACUACAACCCCAGAGAAAGGGCCCUCUACACAUGGAACAAUGGACAUCAGGUCAUCUAUAAUGUGACCCUGUUUCAUGUUAUACAGAGCGAUGGAUAGAGGAGGAGAGGAGGGGAGGAGGGAAAGGAGAGAGACUGA